AUGAAACAGAGAGUAAUAUUGAAAGAAGACUAUGACAUUUUUCACUUUGCAAAUCUCUCAGAGAACCUGAGGGUUAAGAUGAAGAUAGGAAAUUUCAGCCCACAUUUUCCUCAUGGUCGACAAUUGAACUUAUAUGCCGUCAUGAUUGAGUUGGCCACAGGAAGUAGAAAGAUGCCAUCCUCUGUGUGCAGUGCAGAUUGUGGUCCUGGAUUCAGAAGAUUGUGGAAGGAGGGAAUGGCAGCCUGCUGUUUUGUUUGCAACCCCUGCCUUGAAAAUGAAAUUUCUAAUGAGACAAAUAUGGAUCAGUGUAUGACUUGUCCAGAAUACCAGUAUGCCAAUACAGAACACAACGCAUGCAUUCAGAAAGUUGUGAUAUUUCUAAUCUAUGGAGACCCCUUUGGGAUGGCUCUUGCCUUAAUAGCCUUCUAUUUCUCUGCAUUCACAGCUGUG